AUUCCAACCAUUUCCCAGGUUGCAUUCCCUAAUUUGGAGGAAUUAACAUUGGGUCAGAACAGAGAUACAGAAAUAUGGCUAGAGCAAUUUCCAGUGAAUUCCUUUCCCAGACUAAGAGUUCUGUCCGUAUAUGAAUGUAAAGAUAUUUUGGUUGUCAUUCCUUUCUUUAUGCUUCAAAUAUUACAUAAUUUGGAAGUACUUAACGUGCGAGGAUGUAGUUCAGUCAAAGAGGUAUUCCAACUUGAAGGACUUGACGACGAAAAUCAAGCUAAGAGGCUUGGACGGUUAAGAGAAAUAUGGUUGUGUGAUCUUCCUGAGCUGACGCAUUUGUGGAAGGAAAACUCCAAACCAGGCCUUGAUUUGCUAAGUCUCGAGAGUCUUAAAGUGCGGAAUUGUGUCAGUUUGAUAAAUUUGGUACCAUCCUCGGCAUCUUUCCAAAAUCUAGCUACUCUAGAUGUGUAGUCUUGUGGUAGUCUGAGAAGUUUGAUAUCACCCUCGGUAGCUAAAAGUCUGUUAAAACUCAAAACACUCAAAAUAGGUGGAUCACAUAUGAUGGAAGAAGUAGUUGCCAACGAAGGAGGAGAAGCAGCAGAUGAGAUUGCUUUCUGCAAAUUACAACACAUGGCACUUAAAUGUUUGCCAAACCUCACAAGCUUCAGUUCAGGGGGUUAUAUAUUCUCAUUCCCAUCCUUGGAGCAUAUGGUGUUGAAAAAAUGCCCCAAGAUGAAAAUUUUCUCUCCGGGCCUCGUAACUACACCAAGGCUAAAAGGAAUGAAAGUGGGAGAUGAUGAGUGGCACUGGCAGGAUGAUCUAAAUACCACCAUCCAUAAUUUGUUCAUAAAUAAACACGGUAAUGUUGAGGCUGAGAUUAUGGAAUUGGGAGUUGGUUCAGCAUUAUGAUUACAUCAUGCUUUGUUCUUGGGAAUAUUACUGUUUGGCUGGAUUGAUUUCUAACCAUGUUAAUGCAAUAUGUAUCACUCUAUCUCAGUCUAUUUGGUUAUAUUUUAGGUUUACAUAGAUUUGUUGGAUUGUAUGAUAUUUUCCACAUUGUUCAUAAUUGUUGAAAUUUCUUCAUAAA